GUCUCAUGGACUCAGCCAAUCUGAAUGCCGUGACGAGGAGAGGCAGGAUCCCAAUAUUUAACACACAGGGCACUGAUACAUCUACACCUGUCACUGACUGCUCUCCAUGAAGAACUAAUGCACUUUAUCUCCCUCUUCACAUACUGGAGAAAUCCACACAUGGGACUGCCGAUCCGACGUCUGUGCGGUUCUUGAGAAGUCAAACGGCGGUUUCCUCGUGUUUUGCCAUUAUUUACCGGGACAUUUUUACAGAUGCGCUUUAUCAUGAUGAACUGAAGGUGCAAGGAUGCGACUUCACCAAAAAUCAACUAUGCCGAAAAUAAAUAUUUCUUGAUAGGCUACACCUGGAAACAGCAGGAUGCAGAAGAAGAUUUUUGCACCUAUUUGAACAUGGAUCUCAUAUAAGGAGGAUUACAGAAGGACACCACACACUAUCCUUUAUUAUAGCCUGGCUGUAUCAUAUAGUGGCAAGUGCUUUAGGUAGCCUAUAAAGAUGAUCCUUUUCCGUAAAUUUCGCGUGUUGAUUUUAAUGGUGUUUCUGGUCGCCUGCACCAUGCACAUCAUGAUAGACCUGUUACCCAAGCUGGAGAAGCGCGCGGCGGGCUCGAGCUCCAGCGCCGGAGGAGGAGGCGGCUGCUCCUGCGCUCACACACCGGGCGAGGAUCCUCGAUCCUGGGCUAAGCAGCGCGCCAGAGCCGCCGCCGCCGAACCGGGCUGGCCUAAUAAACACUCUUUGAGAUUACUGCAGGAUUUCAGCAAUGAACCCAACUCCAAUCUCACUUCGCACUCACGGGAGAAGGUGACCGAGAGAGGCGAGUCUGAAAAGAGAGUGAGACAGCUGCAGUUGGGCUCAGAGAAGAGGGGUUUGAUGAGAGACACAGCGAGCGGACAGAAGCAGAGAGCUGUCCAGGGUUCCUCCAGACUGAAGGCGCUCUAUGAGAAUCCGCUGUAUGGGACUGACCUGCCUCAUCUCACUGAAGAUGACACCUUAUUCAACCUCAACGCUGAUAUCAGAUUCUACCCCAAAGCUGCCGGACAACAAGAAUGGCAUAACGAGGGAAACGUGGAGGAGGAGUACAGUCCGGCAGGGGAGGCCUCUGCUGAGUCAUAUCCCAACUGGCUCCGCUUCCACAUCGGGAUCAACCGAUACGAGCUGUAUUCCAGACACACCCCUGUCAUAGGGGCCCUGCUGAAGGACCUGGUCUCCCAGAGGAUCACCAGUGUAGCUAUGAAGUCAGGCGGCACUCAGCUGAAGCUCAUCAUGUCAUUCCAGAACUACGGGCAAGCCCUGUUCAAACCUAUGAAACAAACCAGAGUACAGGAAACACCCCCAGACUUCUUCUACUUCUCUGACUUUGAGCGACACAACGCAGAGAUCGCUGCAUUUCAUCUGGACAGAAUCCUGGAUUUCCGGAGAGUUCCCCCGGUGGCCGGCAGGUUGGUGAACAUGACACGGGAGAUCCGAGACGUGACCCGUGACAAAAAGCUCUGGCGGACAUUCUUCGUUUCCCCAGCCAACAACAUCUGCUUCUACGGCGAGUGCUCGUACUACUGCUCUACAGAACAUGCCCUGUGUGGGAAGCCCGACCAGAUCGAGGGCUCCCUGGCCGCAUUUCUUCCUGACUUGGCACUGGCUAAGCGCAAGACCUGGAGGAACCCCUGGCGCCGUUCCUACCACAAACGCAAGAAAGCUGAGUGGGAAGUGGAUCCGGAUUAUUGUGAUGAAGUCAAACAGACUCCUCCGUAUGACCAAGGCACGCGACUUCUGGACAUCAUGGACAUGACUAUCUUUGACUUUCUAAUGGGCAACAUGGAUCGUCACCAUUACGAGACUUUUGAGAAGUUUGGAAAUGAGACUUUCAUUAUUCAUUUGGACAACGGCAGAGGAUUUGGAAAGCAUUCACAUGAUGAAAUGUCCAUCCUGGUCCCGUUGACUCAGUGCUGCAGAGUGAAGAGGUCGACGUACCUGCGGCUACAGCUGUUGGCUAAAGAGGAGUUCCAGCUGAGUUCACUAAUGGAGGAAUCGCUACUGCAGGACCAGCUGGCGCCCAUUCUCAUCCAGCCCCACCUGGAGGCCAUGGACCGUCGCUUGCGCCUGGUGCUCAAGGUGCUGGCCGACUGCGUGGAGAAAGAAGGCUUCUCAUCAGUGGUGGAGAACGACCUGAACGGACAGCCCUCUUCGCACCACCACCAGGCGCACGGAGGGAGGUAGUGAGGCCUGAACCUCGAUCCCUGUCAGUCAGUUCCCCACCAUGAGCCCCACCGAGGCUUGUGCUCGAGUCACACCCUGAAUUCAGUGAAUUCCACGACUAGCCACCAAUGCCUCUGAGGAGCCAAACUAUCCUGUGUGUAGAUGCGUGACGCGGAUGUACAGAGACACAGCUAUCAGAGGAACGCCGGGAUGAAAAAGAUAUUUGGUUUCUGGAUGGCCAAGGCUGUUGCUCGGAGCUGAAGUGCAUACUUUUCUGCUGCAUCCUGAUUUGUUUGACGAGUCUGCUUCUAUAAUUUAAUACGUUUUGAGUUGCAGAGUGUACGGAAGACUUUACAGAAGGGACCAAAGCUGGAACAGAGAUUUAUAUAUUCAAGUACACAACUGUUAUUUACUUUGCUCAUUUAGGUCUUUGACAUAAGGGCACGUAAACGAGCUUUAAUGACGGUGCUGCAGUGCAGUACUACUGUGCAAGGACACUUAGACACAUCCUCCUCUGUGCGUUCACAAUUACACAUCAUUUCCUGCCAUCUGAUCUAAGCCAUCGUUUAAAUCUCACACCGUGCCAUCAAGCCUUCAGUCAUUCGGCGCAUUAUUUAGGGGAAUUCAGAGGUGAAGUGCACGCUUCAUUUAAGGUUAUUCAGCGGUGAAGCACGUGUUUAAACAUCUCCAUGGAGAAAGAGAGAAUGCCGCUGAUUGGUUGUUCAGGUGCCCUAUUCCCGCAGUCAGUGUUUCCCAUCUCAGGCCCCAUGCUCU